AUGGCGACCAGAAGAAUCACAACCGCGGAGAAGACACAUCUCGACCAAGAUGAGACCAAGUCGGAGCUAAAGUCGAACAUCACGCCUGCAGUGCCCUCGUCGGUAAUCGCAAAGUUGCUGGGCUUCACUUUUGCUAUGGUCACAUUUCCGAUUGCUAGCUACUUUCUCUCGGUCAACAUGCUAUUCAGAGGCAACUCGACAUAUGCUGGUGGUCUUGCGGCAAUCGUGGCGAACGUGGUGUUGCUCGGAUAUAUCGUCGUGGCAUUCAACGACGAUAAGAGCGACAGAGAAGAAGCUAGCAAGAAGGAGACUAAGAAGUCAAGAUGA